ACCGGAAGCAGCGCGUUUACCAGUGCGUCUGACUGGAAACCGGCCGAAGCCGUGGUCUCCAUAACAUCACCUCAGCGGAACAGCUGAUAAAAAAUAAUGAUCUUCCAGCAGCAGAAGCAGCAGCGACAGAAGCAGCGACCGCAGGCCGGGUCCGGAGAAGCGUUUUCCCGCUGCGUCGCUGAGCCGUGAGCAUGCCACCGCUCCGGCCUCCUCUUCUCAGCCUCACCGACACCCGUUCGCCCCCAGCAAGAUGUAUUUCAACCGGAGACCCAAGAAAAUACACAGCGAGGGAGAGCAGUUAGUGUUGACCGCCAUUAGGCAGAAGGCUUCUAAGCUGCAGGACCCGGGCGAGGUCGCUGGCGCUGCGAUGCCUUCGGGCCUCACACACAGGUUUGACAAAAGACCUGCUUGCUCGUCCGGCGGUUACCGGAAGGCAGAUGAUGAGAUGUCCGGCACCACCUCCCAGGCGGACCCCGUAGACGCCACCGCGCGGACGGUGCUGCUCAACUCGCCACAGAACACCAAGUUCUGCGACAACCACGUCAGUACCACCAAGUAUGGAAUUCUCACCUUCCUACCUCGGUUCUUGUACGAGCAGAUCAGGCGGGCGGCCAACGCCUUCUUCCUCUUCAUCGCACUCAUGCAGCAAAUCCCCGACGUGUCGCCGACCGGUCGCUACACCACUCUGGUGCCGCUCAUCUUCAUCCUCACGGUGGCCGGCAUCAAGGAGAUCAUAGAGGACUACAAAAGACAUAAAGCGGACAACACCGUGAACAAUAAGAAGACGACAGUGCUGCGCAGCGGAGCCUGGCAGACGAUCAUAUGGAAACAGGUGGCAGUAGGAGACAUAGUGAAGGUGACCAAUGGCCAGCACCUUCCAGCUGACAUGGUCAUUGUGUCCUCAAGCGAGCCGCAGGCCAUGUGUUACACUGAGACUUCCAACCUGGACGGAGAAACCAACCUGAAGAUCAGACAGGGUCUCUCGCUCACGGCCACUUUUCAGACCCUGGAGGAUUUGAUUGCGCUCUCUGGUCGCUUGGAGUGCGAAGAACCCAAUAGACAUCUGUAUGACUUCACCGGCACACUGCGGCUGGAGAACCACAAUCCAGCUCCUUUGGGUCCAGACCAGGUGUUGCUGCGCGGCGCCCAGCUCAGAAACACGCAGUGGGUUGUGGGAAUUGUUGUCUACACUGGCCACGACUCCAAACUGAUGCAGAACUCCACCAAAGCACCACUGAAGCGCUCUAAUGUGGAGCGGGUGACCAACAUGCAGAUCCUGGUUUUGUUUGGCAUCCUGCUCGUCAUGGCCCUGAUCAGCUCAGUGGGCGCGGCCAUCUGGAACGACAAACACACCGAAGAUUCCUGCUGGUACCUGUCCAGGGCUGGUGACAUUUCCACUAACUUUGCAUAUAACCUGCUGACAUUCAUCAUCCUAUACAACAACCUGAUCCCCAUCAGCCUGCUGGUCACUCUGGAAGUGGUCAAGUUUACACAGGCCCUCUUCAUCAACUGGGACAUGGAGAUGUACUACGCAGAGACAGACACGCCAGCCAUGGCUCGAACGUCAAAUCUCAAUGAGGAACUGGGCCAGGUGAAGUAUCUCUUUUCCGACAAGACUGGAACUCUGACCUGUAACAUCAUGCACUUCAAGAAGUGUACUAUUGCGGGAAUUACAUAUGGCCACUUUCCUGAUCUUGACUGUGAUCGUUCAAUGGACGACUUCAGCAAUCUGCCGGCCAGCAGCACUAACUCUACAGAGUUUGACGACCCGACUCUCGUCCUAAACAUUGAGAGCCAUCCAACAUCCCCUCAGAUCUGUGAGUUUCUGACGAUGAUGGCCGUGUGCCACACGGUGGUCCCGGAGCGAGAGGACAACCAGAUCAUCUACCAGGCCUCUUCUCCGGACGAAGGAGCACUAGUCAAAGGUGCAAAAGGGCUCGGUUUCGUCUUCACUGCAAGAACCCCUCAUUCAGUCAUCAUUGAAGCUAGAGAGAAAGAGAUGAUCUAUGAGAUCUUAAAUGUGCUCGAGUUUUCAAGUAACCGCAAACGCAUGUCUGUGGUGGUCAGAACCCCCAUUGGAAAGCUUCGGCUGUACUGCAAAGGAGCGGAUAAUGUCAUCUUUGAGCGUCUGACUGAGGCGUCACAGUACAAAGAAUUAACUCUUUCUCAGCUGGAACAGUUUGCUACUGAAGGACUGAGGACCCUGUGUUUUGCAUAUGUGGACCUGGAGGAAGACGCCUACCAGGAGUGGCUGAAGGAAUACAAUCGUGUCAGCACGGUGCUCAAAGAUCGCGCUCAGAAACUCGAGGAGUGUUAUGAGCUACUCGAAAAGAACUUACUUCUCUUGGGCGCCACGGCCAUAGAGGACCGUCUGCAGGCCGGCGUGCCAGAGACCAUCGCCACCCUGAUGAAAGCCGACAUCAAGAUCUGGGUCCUCACGGGAGACAAGCAGGAGACCGCCAUCAACAUAGGUUACUCCUGUCGCCUGGUGACACACGGCAUGUCCCUCAUCAUUGUCAACGAGGACUCUCUGGACGCUACCCGCGCCUCUCUGACCGCUCACUGUUCGUCCCUGGGCGACUCUCUGAGGAAGGAGAACGAGCUGGCGCUGAUCAUCGACGGUCAGACGCUGAAGUACGCGCUCUCCUUCGAGCUCCGCCAGGCCUUCCUUGACUUGGCGUUAUCCUGCAAGGCUGUCAUCUGCUGCCGAGUGUCGCCGCUGCAGAAGUCCGAGAUCGUGGACAUGGUGAAGAAGCACGUGAAGGCGAUCACGCUGGCGAUCGGCGACGGUGCCAACGACGUGGGCAUGAUUCAGACGGCUCACGUCGGAGUGGGGAUCAGUGGCAACGAGGGCAUGCAGGCCACCAAUUCCUCCGACUACUCCAUAGCACAGUUCUCCUACCUGGAGAAGCUGCUAUUGGUCCACGGGGCUUGGAGCUACAACCGUGUCACCAAGUGCAUCCUCUACUGUUUCUACAAGAAUGUGGUCCUCUAUAUUAUCGAGCUGUGGUUCGCCUUCGUGAACGGCUUCUCCGGACAGAUCCUAUUCGAGCGCUGGUGCAUCGGCCUCUACAACGUGAUAUUUACUGCGCUGCCCCCGUUCACUCUGGGGAUAUUCGACCGGCCGUGCAGCCAGCAGAAUAUGCUCCGUUUCCCACAGCUCUACCGGAUCACUCAGAAUGCCGAGGGCUUCAACACCAAGGUGUUUUGGGGUACUUGUAUCAAUGCACUGAUUCAUUCCGUUAUUCUCUUUUGGUUUCCACUCAAAAUGUUGGAGCAUGAUUCCCCUUUCAGCGACGGUCAGGGAAAUGACUACCUGUUUGUUGGGAACAUGGUCUACACAUAUGUGGUAGUUACAGUAUGUCUGAAAGCUGGAAUGGAGACCACAGCUUGGACCAAGUUUUCCCACCUGGCGGUGUGGGGAAGCAUGGUGCUCUGGAUGGUCUUCUUCGCUGUCUACUCUGCAAUCUGGCCCACCAUCCCCAUCGCCCCCGACAUGCUGGGCCAGGCUGGCAAGGUGAUGCAGUGCUGGUACUUCUGGCUGGGCCUGGUCCUGGUGCCCACUGCGUGUUUAGUCAAAGACUUCGCUUGGAUCACCACACGUCGCACCGUGAGGAAGUCUCUCCUGGAGGAGGUGCAGGAGUUGGAGGCCCGUGCGGUGGACCCAGGGGCAGCUGUACUCAGGGACGCCAGCGGCCGCAGUCUAAACGAACGGGCCCAUCUGCUGACAAGAGUCUUUAAGAAAACGCCUUCCAGCGUCGGACGCUCCAACUCGGUGCAGCAGACUGUGUCACACGGCUACGCCUUCUCUCAAGAGGAGCACGGCGUCGUUUCCCAAUCCCAGGUAGUGCGCUCCUAUGACACCACACGCGAACGCCCCAGCCUCUAGCGCCACCCCCCGAUCCGAGGCAACGGUUAUCAAGGGGACAGCGGAGACAGACUUAUGUGACACCCUCGCACGGGGGGGAUCGACCCCCCUCCCCCGCAUCCUCGCUGUGGCCUUAACGGAACUAUGACCCGACCCCCUCCGCCGGAAGGGGGGUGUCACGGUCAGCCGCGAAGGCCGGCGCACAUAGGAUUCACUUGAGAGAAGGGACCAGGCCGACUCCGUGAAAAACAAAACUCUUGAAAUCCCCAUAAGCUGCACAGGCAUGAGCAACCUAUCUACGCACAGACACGACGAGGCAAAGCCAGAGACUGCUGCUCAUCCCUGUACGCCCCCCAGACUGGGUUUGCUUCAUGCCGCUGUGUUAUCCGUGGGUGUGUGUGUGUGUGUGUGUGUGUGUCUGUAUCUGCCCGUGCAUGUACGCCUGCACGCAUUUGCGCUCCUGUGUUUGUGUGCAUGUGUGUUUGCUUCCACGGCUCGCCCCCCCCCCCCCCUCUCUGACAUCUGAAACAUACACACACACUGAUGAGUUCCAUACAGGAAAGGAAAGAGGGAGGACCGCCAGAGCCCUGGACCCCAGCUACAGACCCCCCCUCCCGUCCCCUCCCGUCCCAUCGCAGCAACAAGCCUCACUGCCAAACACCGUGGAGAUUUCACUGAGGCAGAGCGCUCUAAACCGGACCACCGCCUCGCCGCUGCCCCUCCCACCACACCGGGACGUCCUCUUGCUUAUCCCUCCUUGUAUCUUCAUGUCUUCACCCCUAUCGCUCCAUCUCCCAGCCGCUCCUCCACGUCCCCCCUCCACCCCCCCCCUCUUAUCACGUCUCCUCAUCUCGGCCAGUUUUUAACAAUCCACGUUGUUUCCUGUUGUUUUUGACCCCUCCCGUAAUUCCUGAUGCUGCCCGUCAAGCCUCGUCAGCUGACUCGGGAGGCAGUGAGUCUGGCAUUAGAGCUUCCUCAGUUAGUUUUUUCCAUUCCUUACUGGACUGCUCAUUUCUUUUCUUUUUUUAUUAUUAAAGUUAACGUGUAUGUGUUUGUAUUUUGUAUUUUUUUUUUCUCAUUUCAUUAACGCCUGUUUUUGUACUCGUAUGUGAAGACUUGUCCUGUAGGGAAUAUUUUACUUGAAACAGUGCUACUACGCAUCCAAACAGAAGGGAUCUGAUUGAGACACUCGCCUAGAUCAUGUGUUUUUGCGGCUCUGCGGUUUGUCCCAACGUAGAGUCCAUUGUGUGUGUGUGUGUGUGAGACUGUGUUGAGGAUGGGAAUGCAAGACUGAACGGGUGGGGGUUGUCCAUCCGAGUCCUAAUCAUUAAAUCUAAUUAAUCCAUGGCCUGA